AGAUAGCUGGAAAGAGAUAAACGUAAAAAGCGGCGAACUCCCGAGCUGAAGCCAGAUCUAAUGCCGACAGCGCCAGUCGAUAACAACGGCACCGUCCUCUUCUUCGAGGAUACAGGUGCACCUCCUGGUUCUUCCACAUACCUCACCGUAAUUCUACUGCAUGGGCUACUCUUCCACGGAGCGAUAUUCCAAAAGCUGGUUCCGCAUGCCGCGUCAAAUGAUUUGCGACUGGUCCGUGUCAACCUACGAGAUUAUCCGGGAUCUACCAAGUUCUCCGAGGAAGAGCUCGACGUGAUCAAGAGUGGCGAGCCUGAAAAACAAGCAGGCGCUAUGAAGGCGCAAGGGCAGCAGCUUGCAGCCUUUCUGCGGCAUUUCGCGACAACAUAUGACAUACCUCCGACUGCUCAAGCAGACGGAAAACUGGUCGGUGGCAUGGCUCUUCUCACGUGGUCUAUGAGCAACAAUCUCGCGACGUCCUUGCUGGCCCACGCUGCAUCCCUAUCAGCAGAGACUCGCGAGGUGCUGAGUAAUUAUUUGCGCACGAUUCUUCUUCUUGAUCCCGUGCUGGGCUCGACGUGUGGGGAGGGGGCCCCGCAGGGCUCGUAUCAUCCCUUCCGCGACGCGUCUCUGUCAAUGGACGAGCGUAUCGACUUCUCCGAAGUCUGGCUUUCGUACUAUUUCUCGACGGUGGAUGAUUUCAAAAGCAUCACACCCGAGGAACUCAGCGCUCGCUCACCCUUGCAUGAGAGCUCGCUCGAGAGCCCACCUGACUCUUCCAAGACGCCGACGCUACUCCGCGUAUCGAAGGAGGUGCGUUACGCCAUCCGGGAUCGCGACGCGUUCGUCCGCUCGAGCCUGCCCAUCCUCCGCAUCACUCCCAACGUCUUCCGUGAGAACUUUGAGCGGGCGCUAUUCCGGACGGAUGGGACAAUGCCGGCGAUCAGAAUCGUGUACGCGUGGUGCGACGAGACGAUGGGCGACUCUAUCUCUGCUGCCAAGUUUACAUGGGACAGGCUGGAGGCAUCUCGAGCCGAGGGGAGUCGUUUUCGCGACAUUGAGUUUUGCAGAUUGGAUGGAUGCAAUCACAUCCCGCAUUGGGACUACCCGGAGAAAAUCAUCCGCCUUUUCACUACGCGCGCUUAGCUGCCUCUAUAGUAAUCUCGGGUUUCUGAUUAGUGGAUCAAUAUCAAAGAUU